AUGCAACUUUAUUGCCGCCCUGGAUCUAAUCCAGUGGUCGAUUCUGACCCCGAUUUCACCAAACUGUUUCCUCACUUUGUACCAAACUUUGAGUACAAGACCCUUACCAAGAAGCUGGUCUCUGAUGGAGACAUUUCAACCAAAAGCCCCACUGACGCUACUGACGGUGCGACCCUCAACGCAGUUGCAACCACUGAUAGUGCAACCCUCAAGAGAGCAACCGCAGAUAGUGCAACUUUGAAUGCUGCUACCGCCGACAGCGCUACUCUCAAUGCCGCAGCCACUACCGGCAGCGCCACUUUUAAUGCUGCUACUUUGGUGUCGCCUGAAACCAAGUUUGUUUCUGUCGAAGUUCCAGCCAGGUCUGCUACAGAAGCUGCUACAGGACGAGUUAUACGUUUACUUCCACCCAUUGAUCUUUUGCAAGAAUGGCAAACUUGUCUUCGUAUGACUGAUGGCGACAACUCCUAUGAGGAAAGGUAUUUGCGCCAAGCAAGGGACCUGAGCUCGCUUCGUCCUCUUGUGUCUUCGAGCAACAGCUACCAUUGUCAUGCUAAAAAUCUGGUGAGUUGCGGAGAACGCUCUGGACGCUUUACUCCCAACACUUCUCGAGGUUCUUCUGUGGCAAGUAUUGUCGUUGUGGCCAAAAAGGCUCUGUCUUUCGGUAUCCGGAGGUAUUUCCACAAAUUGCGCCGAUUGGUGCACAGAAAGAAAGGUGGAAAAAGGGAUAAGUUGAGGGCAUUCCUCAAGAAGUUUGGCUCUUCAAACGUGGAAAUCUCCUUCCAUAACCCUUAUGAUGCUGCACGUCGCAACCUUCAGAUUGACGACGACUUCGAAUACCCUUCUUUUGGUCAUGCUGGUGUUGAGGUUCUUGAUGAUCUCAAUUAUAAAACCUACAUUGUUGAUAAUCGCGAGAUUGUGGUGCAAGUGGGACCUACUCACUGGGGACCUGCCAUUAGAGAGUCAACCGAGUUGAUAGCUUAUCAGGAGGAAUUGUCGGUGUCGUCGGAAAAUGAAAUUUGCAGCCAUUACGUUAGUGUCACCGACUUGCUCGAGGAUUUCGAGUCUGAAGACAACGAUGCGAACGAAGAACAAGUACAGAUCUUGGAAGAACUGACUGGUAUCGCACUGUCCAUCAGCGAGAUUGGAAUUCUCAAUCACGGAAGUCAAAUCGAUGACAGCCAGGCCUCCUCAGAUGAGGUGAGCUAUUCCGACAUUGAGAUGAGAAGAUGGUUGCUCAUGCAAUGUGACGACCCCGAUGCUUAUCCCAUGGCGGAACUGACGCAUUUGGAACCACAGGAAGUUGUGGAAAGUUUGGACACCUCAAUCAAGGAUGAGGAUCUUGAGGAAGCUAAGCAAGCGAGUGAAUUGUCGGAGCUGCUGGAAGCCGAAGUGACUCCGGAAUCGAGAGCUACUAACUCUAGUGACGAGGACCGUGACGACAAGACCAACGGUGAUGAUGCUGAAGCUGGUGUUGCUGAUGUUACCGGCGGGCCUUCUGAACUGAAGGAUACCACUGGACCGGCAAUGUGCCUUCCUAUGAAGCUUGUGAUUGAAAUGGAGCCUUACGAUCCCCUUGCUGUACCUUGGGCCCACGUACACGAGAGGAUUGCUAGGCACCGUGCGUCAUUAUCUCCAUAUACCCAGCUCACACUGUCGUUGUCUGUUGCUACACCUCCCACUCCUGUUGUUGUCUCUCCCAAACCUGUUGCUACUACACUUCCCACUCCCGAUUCUCCUCCUGCUUUCCUUCCUCCUCGCACCAAGAACUUUCAACUCAACUUUCCCAAGAUGCCAUCUAUUGGCAGGUUCUUCAAAUAA